AUUACAUGACAAAUGUGGUAUGGAUUUUAAUCAUUAAGUUUAGGUUUUAGUUUUUAGAUUCAAUUCUACUAAUCACAUCCUCUAUUUUUCUUAUAUUUUCAGAUGUGAAACAAUCAGCCCCUUAAUUCUUAUUACUAUUUAUUAUUAGUUUGGAAGGUUAGUUUUAGAUACAAGUUACAAUCUGAGCAGAAUUUUGAGUUUUAUCUGAAGCUAUUUGAUGAUCUCACGAACCUUAAGAAUCGGAAAACCCGUCUCCUUCCUGGUCGAUUCAUCUAAAGCUCGAGCCUUCAUCCAUGGCUCAUCUGAAAUUCGAGACCCUUUUUCUUUAGAAAACGAAGACCAUACCAAGCUCUCUCAACUUGAUAUCAUAGUCACCAAAGUGCGAUUAACCAACAGCGUUGAUGAUAUUGUUAAAUCUCUUCUAAACGAUCAACAAUGUAAUAGCUUUAACCUCACUAACAACCUCGUUGAUGGGUUGCUUCAUCGGUUUAAGGACGAUUGGAAGUCCGCAUUGGGAGUUUUCAAAUGGGCAGAGUCGCGCUUAGACUAUAAACACAACACAGAUGGGUACGACUUGAUUCUUGACAUACUUGGAAAAAUGAAGCAAAUGGAGACGAUGAUGGAGAUUUUGCAGGAAAUGGGUAUUCGUAAUUUGGUUACGCUUAACACCGUAGCCAAAGUUAUGAGAAGAUUUGCUGGUUCUGGCAAGUGGGAAAAUGCAGUCAAGGUGUUUGAUGAAUUGGGUGCAUAUGGAUUGGAGAAGAACACCGAGUCCAUGAACUUGCUGCUUGAUACUCUUUGCAAAGCAUGUAAGGUGGAGCAGGCUCGUGGGAUUUUUUUGGAGUUGAAACCACAUAUAUUGCCAAAUGCUCACACUUUUAAUAUACUCAUUCAUGGUUGGUGCAAAAUUCGUAGGGUUGAGGAGGCUUGUUGGACGAUCCAGGAGAUGAAGGGUCAUGGCUGCUGUCCUUGUGUCAUUAGCUACUCGACUAUAAUUAAGUCUUAUUGUGGUCAACAGAAAUUUGACAAUGCCUAUGAAAUGCUCGAUGAAAUGCAAGCCGAAGGGUGUCCACCAAAUAUUGUUACUUAUACCACUGUCAUGAGUUCUUUGGCCAAGUCAGAAAAAUUUGAGGAAGCUUUACAGAUAGCCAAGAGAAUGAAAUCAGAUGGGUGCAAGUUAGAUACACUCUUUUAUAAUUCGAUGAUCCACAUACUAGGAAGAACUGGCAAGGUAAGAGAGGCUGUACUAGUUUUUGAAUCUGAAAUGCCCAAUGGCAGUGUUCUUCCUAAUACUUCGACCUAUAAUACAAUGAUUGCUAUGUUUUGCCACCAUAAUCAAGAACAGCAGGCCGUGAAUCUCCUAACAAAGAUGGAAAGUUCUGGGGUUUGUAAGCCUGAUGUUCAGACAUACUAUCCAUUGCUCAAAUCUUGCUUCAGAAAUGGCAAAACAGACGAUUGUUUAAAGAAAUUGUUGGAUGACAUGGUGAACAGACAUCAUCUUAGCUUCGAUAUGUCAACUUAUACACUUUUGGUUCAUGGGCUCUGUCGAGCACAUAAAUGUGAGUGGGCUUACCUCCUCUUUGAGGAGAUGAUUGGUCGAGGAUUGAUGCCAAGAUAUAAGACCUGUCGUUUGCUUUUGGAGGAGCUCAAACAGAAGUACAUGUAUGAUGAUGCUGAGAAGAUUGAAAACUUCAUAAAAAAGAUGUAAAAUAUCUAAAGAUAACAUCAUGCAAAUGUUUGUUUUGUUGUGAUAAGAAAACAAGUUCAGUUAAUUUUAUUUCCCAUUUUGUUUUUCUGCAAA